AUGGAAACCCUCGAUAUAUUCGAAAUUUACAGGCGAUACUGCGAAAUUGUGUCGGGAUUUCGUGAUUCCGGGAGCAAAGCUCAGCUUAUAAGAGAGGCUUUAACAGAGCUAGUUGAAUCAAGACGAAAAACAAGACACUCAAUCACGGAAGAGAUACACACACUUAUGACGAGGUUAGGAAAUUGUUUAAGGUGUGGUGAUUCCUCGGAGUUUUCGCGGUUUUAUGAUUUCGUGUUCUUCAUCUGUCGCGAAAAUGGUCAGAAGAGCAUCAGCGUCAGCAGGGCUAUCAAUGCCUGGAGAUUAGUUUUGGCGGGAAAGUUCCGGCUCCUGAAUCAAUGGUGCAAUUUCGUCGGAUCAAAAAGUCACCGACAUAACAUAUCUGAAGACACGUGGAAACAAGUUUUGGCCUUCAGCCAAAUAAUCCGCGGAAAAGAUGAUGAUCUCGAACUCCAAGGUUAUGACCCUCAAGAUGCUUGGCCUAUACUGAUUGAUGAUUUUGUUGAGCACAUUCACAAGAGAGUGAGGAUCAACCCGAAACCAGUUGUUGAUCAGGAUUCUCUAUCUUCUGAUAUGGUAAGGUUAUUAAGAUUAUCCAAGAGGAAAUCUUGUGAUGAAGACCAACCAAACGAAGAGGAAGACUUCGGAUCUUCCUGUUCUGCAGGGUACUCUGAUUCUAUAAGAAGUGGUGCAAGAGAUUUGAAGAAGGCCAGAUUGAAUUCCAUUGACAAUUGUGACGAGAAUAAUGUGCCGAAAAUCGUCGCGAAUGAUUGCUUGGGAAUGACUGAGAAAAACAACCAAUUAUGUUGUACGGAUCAGUCAGCUUGUGCUAGUGAAGGUUGCCGCUUGGCUAAGGGCUUUGCUAGGCUUUUUUGUAGUUAG